AUGGCGGACGCAAAGCAAGGAGGUGAUCUCUAUGACAUGGCCAAGGACGGAACCAAAGUUCCUGGAGAUGCUGGCAAGCAGAACAUCAUCAAAUCUGUUCCCAACCCACACCAAGAUCCCUCAGCUGCCGGUGAGCUUGGGUCUACAACUCUACACGGCGCCGCAGACAACGCAUUGGACACUAAUGAGGGAAGACCUUCCGGAGUUGGCGAGGGAAUCAGUGCUACCGGUCACGAGAUUCCCCAGUCGGUGACGGGCAAGCCUGGAGGCCGAGGUGGAACGCAGGGCUCCGAGGACGUUAGAGCAGCGACAGGUGCAUUCUACACCAAGGGGAGCCGGUCCAAGAAUGAUGAGUAA